CGCUUUGUUUAUCUUUAUCCUGCCCCAGAUUUUUUCUCUUUUUGAAGUACAAAUUCGAGCAAAGCAAACACGUGUUCUCUUCUGUAGAUGAAAGUCCUCCUUCCAUAGGUGUACUUUUCCUAGCUCAGACUCAAACCAUCAAUCUCUCUAGAGUAAUGAUAUAUAUAAUUACUAACGUGGGGGAUUAUAAUUUGGUUUGCAGGUUCUGAUCAGGGCUGCGAUUUCUUCUUCAAGUUUGCUAAUUCCUGUUUGGCUUCUGAGAAAGCUUAGAAGACAGGUUGUUUGGGUGGACUAUGGAACGCGAAACUAACAAAAGUGAAACUGGGAAUGCUGUGGAAGCCUCUGCAAAAUCACAAUCAUCUGAAAAGAAAACGCCAAAUUCACUGAAGAUGAGAUUGAAGAUUGCAAAGUCAGUGGCUAAGAACUUUGCGAAGACUAAAAACGCCAAAGUUACUACAGAUGUUCAAAGAAAAAACCAAAAGAAGAAUAAUAAGAGAAUAUUCAGUCGGAAAGAAAAUGAAAAAGGUGCUAAGGAGCUCAUUUCAAGGGAAGAGAACCAACACAAUAAUGCUCCUGGUGAAGACCAUGUUGAAAAUAGCCAGCAGAGCCAAAAGAACCAAGAAAAUAUCACCAUGUCUGACAAUAACCAAGCAAAGGUAGGGAGGAAGGAAAAGGAUGGAGGUUCUGAUAAGAAUCAAAACAAAGAAAAACGUGGUCGUGAGGAAAAGAGAAGACGAAAUCAGAAAGAAAGGCAUGGUCUUUCAGAGAAGAAUCAUAAGAAUAAAGAAAAGCAUGAUGGUAAGAAGGGACAACAGAAUGAGGGGAAAGAAAAACUUGAUGGUUUGAUCUUUAUGUGCAGUACAAAGACAAAACCAGAUUGUUUCCAUUAUCGUGUGAUGGGGGUGACAGCUGGUAAAAAAGAUCUUGUCUUGGGUAUCAGACCAGGGCUUAAGCUUUUUCUCUAUGAUUUUGAUCUCAAGCUUAUGUAUGGCAUCUACAAGGCAUCCUCUUCUGGUGGCAUGAAACUUGAGCCCAAAGCCUUUGCUGGAGCCUUUCCUGCUCAGGUGCGUUUCAAAGUUCAUGCAGAUUGUUAUCCUCUCCCUGAGAGCAUUUUCAAGAAGGCAAUCAAGGAAAAUUAUAAUGAAAAGAACAAGUUCAAAAUUGAACUCACUGCUAGACAGGUUAGGAAGCUCACAGGACUUUUCCGGCCAGUUGCACUCCAUUCAACUGCGAUGCCUGUUCGCUCCCCACCAAGGGAAGCAUAUGAUGGACUAAGGGAGUCACGACCUCACUCAGACAGGGAAAUAUCUGUUAGAGACCCUUAUACCCAUGUGGAUGCUAGAAGUUAUGCGGUUCUAUCCCAUGAAAGGGAAUGUGAAAUUGCAUACAGAGAGUUGGCAUCUAAACACGAUGAGGAAAUUCCUCGUGAUUUAUACCUGAUUGAGAAGGAUUACAGAGCUUAUGGUCUCCUGGGAGAGAGAAGAAACUUGACCAGCCAACAUCAUAUUGCACCUAGAACAGCACCGUACAUGAGAGAUUAUGAUAGAGUGCAGCUUCUAAGACAGACGGACCCUCUAUAUAGGGAAACUGUACCUGUGUCUAGAGAGAUUACUCAUGCUGAUCCUCCUUACUUGACAGAGGGAAUGUAUAGGACUUAUGAACUGGCUGCUAGCCGUCAAGUGCCACCUGUAGUUCCUGCAGCCACUGCAAGUACAUCUGUUACUUCUUUGGAUCCUUAUGCUAGCUACCCUUAUCAUUAUGGUGCUACAUCUGUGGACACGUAUCUGCCACCUUCGAGGACAAACACUCAUGCAUAUGGCACUGAUGCUGACCAUAACCGGAUGCAUCGUUAUCAAGCUGACCAGCCGGAGGGCAGUUCCAUGCCAGUUUCAUCUCGGUAUUCUUUUGCCAGUCCAUCUGUGUGUUAUCGCAAGCUUGAAUUAUAGUUGCUCUUGGUAACUCCCUACCCAGGAUAUCACACAAGCAAUUUACAUUUGUAGACUCACUACCAUUUGUUUGCAAGCUUAAGAGCUUUGACAUGGUUGUAUGCUGAAAUUACGACCAUAGAUAAGUAGUCUUAUGUGCUUAUUAAGAAUGUCAAUCUGUUUUGCCUACCUAACUGUAACUUCAGAUGAUGUUGAAGUACUGAAUCAUCAAUAUAUAUGUAUAAAACAAUUAUAAAAAU